AUGGUGCUCUUCCCUGACUUGGAAGAAGAGAAAUUUGGGAGACUGUGUUUACUACUAGGCAUCCACAGGUCUCCAACAAAAGGGAAAUCUCUUUUAGUCUUGGAUACAAAAGACCUCCAGAUAUUUAAAGUGACUGUAAAUGGACAGGAUGCACAAUUUGGUUUUGGACAGAAGCACAGUUUCAAGGGGACUCCACUGGAAAUCACUUUUCCCUUUGAAUUGAGGAGGGGACAGGAAGCAAUUGUCGAAAUCUCAUUUGAAAGCUCUCCAAAGUCUUCAGCUCUCCAGUGGUUUACUCCGGAGCAAACUUCUGGAAAGAAACAUCCAUUUCUAUUCAGCCAAUGUCAGGUUGAGUUGACUAUUCUUUUUAAAGAUGUUAUUUACAUACCACUGGAAUUCCCCUCAGUUUCUGAAGGGUAGGAGAGGAAACUUGUUCAGCGUAGAAUUUAAUGUUGCUGCACGGUCCUGUAAUGGGUUUGUGUAUAUCUGUCUAUGUAUGUGUUUUGAUUUAUACACAUAUACAUAACCCAGUACUUUUCCUUGCAAGAGAAGACCUUUCCUAAGGCUAGCAAGGGAAAGAACAGUAGCCCACAACUUCUAAUAGUGUGUAUCAAAGGCCGUAAGUAAAAACACUUAAUAAAUCAGGAUAUUGCUGAGACUUUAUUAUAUAUUUGCAAGUUAUUACUUGCAGAACUGCUCUACCCUCUCCAGUAUUUCUGUUGAAGAACAUCUAGUUCUUUCCGAUCAACACGUGUGGCUAUUAAUCUGUUUUAUCUAUCAUUAUUUCUUUUAGCAAAUUCUUAAU